AUGAACUUCUUCUUAGACUAUGCAAUUUGUAACCGUGGGACCAGCGCCUACGCGCCGAAGGACUACCAGCAUCUCGACCCAGGGACCACUUCCUUCCCCGCUUGCUCAGGUACCACUCUUUCCUGUGACAGCUAUACUUCAGAGGGACGCUUCGGAGCGACAGCGGUGGGCUCUGGUGGGCCCAACGCCCACCACCAGCACAGCUCCAGCUACCCUCCUCCGCUCCCUGCCCACCCUGCUGGCCUUGGCAUCUCCUUCGCGGGGUCAUCUCAGCCAGGAGGAGGGGGAUACUCGGCCCCCAACUGCAGCCCAGGCGUCGCCAACCAGCAGUUCUACCUCAACCCACAGGAGACGGAUGGAGCUUAUUUCCAGACCUCGGCCUACCCUUCCAAUGUGGCUGCAAACUCCUCUUCUUCCAGCCUCGGAAGUUUGUCUGAUGGUGGCUUCUGCGCCACCACGGGCCAAUUCCAGCCACAUCUCUAUGGGCCUGAGCAGGGUGGCUAUUUGCCAGGGGGCUUUGGCAACCUUUCCCCGCCCUUACAGGAGAACAAAGACCCGCGGCCUUGCUCGGCCCAGCAAUGUCCCAUGGCUUCCACCGUCACCCAAACCUUUGACUGGAUGAAAGUGAAAAGGAACCUUCCCAAAGCAGUCAAAGUGUCCGACUACGGCUUGGCUGUCCACCCCAGCACCAUCCGGACCAACUUCACCACCAAGCAGCUGACGGAGCUGGAGAAAGAGUUCCACUUCAGCAAGUACCUCACCCGGGCCAGGCGGGUGGAGAUCGCGGCCACGUUGGAGCUCAACGAGACCCAGGUGAAGAUUUGGUUCCAAAACCGACGGAUGAAGCAGAAGAAGAGGGAGAAGGAAGGGCUGGUUGGCCUCGCUUCUCUGCCCGGCUCGGCCAAAGAGACCGGCGAGGCGGCCUCAGACAGAUCCAGCCGGUCGUCCACCCCCAACGCUUCGCCCAGCUCCGUGUCUUCUUGA